GAGAGGGAGAGACAGAGACAGAGACAGAGAGAGAGAGAGAGAGAGAGAGAGGGGACAAGUCUUGGAGCUGAAGCAGCGUCAUCCGUUCUGGUUUUCUGAUCUGUUUAUUUUGUAACUGAAGAUUGAUGGUUUAGGGUUUUAAUUGAGCUGGUAAUUAAGUUUUAUGGUACGGGGGAUUUGUUUGUAGGUGUUGUGAUCAUAAGUAUGGAUUUUAUGUGGAGAAUUUGAUGAUUUUAGAGGUUUAAGUUUUUGACAAUUUUUGUAUUGGAAGAAUUUGAGUUGCUUGUGCUGUUUAAUGUACCUUUCGACCAUGGACAAUCGAGGGUCAACAGUCUUCUCAUCUGAAGCUAUGGAAGAUCUGCUGUAUAAGGAGCUAUGGAAGGCAUGUGCUGGCCCACUGGUGGAUGUUCCAAGAGAUGGAGAAAGAGUUUUCUACUUUCCUCAAGGCCAUAUGGAGCAAUUAGAGGCAUCAACAAAUCAGGAAUCGGAUCAGAGUAUUCCUCGCUUCGACCUCAAUUCAAAGAUCCUUUGUAGUGUUGUUCAUACGCAGCUACUGGCUGAACAAGAUACAGAUGAAGUUUAUGCUCAAAUCACUCUACUUCCGGAGCCAGAUCAAAGUGAUCCUGCCAGCCCUGAUAAAUGCCUUGCCGACCCUCCAAGGCCAACCGUUCACUCUUUCUGUAAAGUCUUAACAGCAUCUGAUACGAGCACUCAUGGUGGUUUUUCAGUGCUCCGAAAACACGCAAAUGAAUGUCUCCCUAUAUUGGACAUGGCUCAACCUACUCCUACUCAGGAGCUGGUAGCUAAGGAUCUCCAUGGCUUUGAGUGGCGAUUUAAGCAUAUAUUUAGAGGUCAACCACGAAGGCAUUUGCUUACAACCGGAUGGAGUACUUUUGUUACUUCUAAAAGAUUGGUGGCUGGGGAUUCAUUUGUAUUCCUUAGGGGGGAGAAUGGCGAAUUACGCGUCGGUGUAAGACGUGUUGCUCAACAGCAUAACUCCAUGCCGUCUUCCGUGAUUUCGAGCCGCAGCAUGCGCCUUGGAAUGCUUGCAACUGCAUCACACGCUGUUUCUACCCAAAGCCGCUUUGUUGUUUACUACAAGCCAAGGACAAGUCAGUUUAUCAUUGGCUUGAACAAGUAUAUUGAAUCUAUAAACAAUGGAUUUACUGUCGGCAUGCGAUUUAAUAUGCGGUUCGAGGGUGAAGACUCUCCAGAGAGAAGGUUUACGGGUACGAUAAUUGGAGUUGAAGACUUGUCUCAUCAGUGGGAAUGUUCUAAAUGGCGCUCAUUGAAGGUCCAAUGGGAUGAAUCCACAUCCAUAACAAGACCAGAAAGGGUGUCACCAUGGGAGAUUGAGGCUUAUACCACUCCUGUUCCCACAAGCUUGGUUCAACCGGUGGCACCUAAAAGUAAGAGGCCUCGACCUUCAGUCAAUAUCCCUAAUCUUGAACCUGCAUGUUCGACUGUAUCAGCUGUUUGGAAUCCUUCACAUGAGCAAACAGAAAAUGGUGAAACAGAAGAAAGGAAAGGUCUCUUAGGUUGGUCUGUCCAUUCACAUUCGAAUUAUGCGCCUCUAGAAUCCGCAAAACUGACCAAAGAUUCAAUUAAAAGUUCGCAUGACUUGAAGAAGUCUGAAAAUAUUUUGAGUUGUAGAUUAUUUGGUUUUGACUUAAAGAUCGCCCCCAAAGGUGAUAUACCUAAGGUAGCUCCAUCUUUUGAAAGGCAUGAAUCGGAUGGGAUUUCAGACCAGAAGCCUGACCACCCAUCAAAGGAUCAUAAAGGUGGUCAAAGCAAACAAAGUGCUUUGUCGCGGAGCCGUACCAAGGUUCAAAUGCAAGGAGUAGCGGUGGGUCGUGCAGUGGAUUUAACCGUGUUAAAAGGAUAUCAUGAGCUCAUAGACGAACUUGAAGAGAUGUUUGAGAUCAAGGGGAAGCUUCGCCCUAGAAAUGAAUGGGAAAUCGUAUUUACUGAUGAUGAAGGAGAUAUGAUGCUCAUGGGUGACGAUCCAUGGCAGGAGUUCUGUAGAAUGGUGAAACGGAUUCUGAUAUGUUCGAGUCAAGAUGUGAAGAAAAUGAGUUGUGGAAGCAAGCUGCAACUUUCUUCUUCCAUAGACAAUGAAGUCUCUGGCUUUAGCUUGGAAGCUGCUGAAAAUUGAAAAUAUUCUGCGGUUUCUUGUACGUAAUCUUGGGUGUGUUUUUAGGUUUAUGGUCUGCCGUUUUGAAGUCGUCGGUGCUUGAAGAUGAAAGAGAGGGGAAUAAGGGCACAAGUGGUAGUAAUAUGGUAUUGAAGUUGUUUAGAUUGAAGAAAUGGAAGCAGGGUAGGAUUAGUAUGCUUUGUGUAUUAGUGGUUUAAUGUUUGAUUCAGUUUCUUGUGGUUGUAUUUUUAUGUUAUUUGCUUAGUCUUUUGACAACUAGUGACUGGGAGAUAAGGAAGCUCUCAAGAUUCUAGCCAAAACUCAUAUAUGCUGUUUUUGUUCAAGUCA